UGAAAGUAGGCGGGACACAGGAGCCGGGAGGAAGAGAGGCUCGUUUUUGAACUUCUCUCAAUAAACUCUGAGAAAGUAACAGUGCUUCCUGAAACCAUCAAGAAAGAAAAUGUCGGUGACAUUGCAUACAGAUGUAGGUGAUAUUAAAAUAGAAGUCUUCUGUGAAAGGACACCCAAAACAUGUGAUAAUUUCUUGGCUCUUUGUGCCAGUAAUUACUACAAUGGCUGUAUAUUUUAUAGAAAUAUCAAGGGUUUCAUGGUUCAAACGGGAGAUCCGACAGGUACUGGAAGGGGAGGUAACAGUAUCUGGGGCAAGAAGUUUGAAGACGAAUAUAGUGAAUAUCUUAAGCACAGUGUUAGAGGUGUUCUAUCUAUGGCUAAUAAUGGCCCAAAUACCAAUGGAUCUCAGUUUUUCAUCACCUAUGGGAAGCAGCCACAUCUGGACAUGAAAUACACAGUAUUUGGCAAGGUGAUAGAAGGUCUGGAGACUCUAGAUGAACUGGAGAAGUUACCCGUAAAUGAGAAGACAUAUCGACCUCUUAAUGAUGUACACAUUAAGGACAUAACUAUUCAUGCCAACCCAUUUGCCCAGUAGCUAUAAUAGACCUGGACAAAUACUUGGCAAACUAUUCAAGGAACUCACCUAUUAUGGUUUACUCAGUU